AGGGGACGGCUACUCUCUCUAGCGGAGCGCCCGACCCUCGCCUAGACAGGCUUUUAUUGUUUUUUUUGGUCUUACAUCAAAGAAGGAUUUAUUAUCUUUUACAUAGAAUAUUACUGUGCAAUUUUAGGUACAAUCAAGGAAAUGAAAAUAACACAUGCAGAAGAGAAAGCUGAUUAGCUCUGUCUUUGGGAAAAUUCACACAAGCUUUGGAAAUUACCUUGAAGAUAGAUGAUACACAUUUAUUGUUUUAGACCAGGGUGAUGGAAUUUUAGCAACAGCAAGCCAUAACAGUCUGUGUGCAUUUUCUAGGCCUGAUUCCCACGGGAAAACUCGGUUUGAAGGUCUGGCUCCUGACCGCCACUUCGCUUCUGUAGGUUUUCCACACAGAGCUGAGUCACAUCGGCCAGACCAAAACAAGCCGGUCCCCUACAGUUGGGUCUGGGGAGCAUGUGAGGAGAGAUGGGGAGACCUGGCAUGUCCACAGAAACGCAGGGUGUCCAGCCCGGAAGGCAGCCCCAGGAGCCGGGCCCACUGGGGUGUGAGAGGCUCAGACAGAGGACAGGCCGGUGACCGGGGGCUGGAGGCACAGAGGUCACUGUCCCGCAUCCAGCCUGUGUGAGAAGUUCAUAGCAGAACAAACAGGAAAGAAAAACAUGUGUUUUAAAGGACGAGGGGCCAUGCUGAGGGGCGGGCAGUGCGGCCUCCCCACCAGCCACGCGAGGCCCCGCCGGCUGCGCCCACUCUCAGCCGGAAAGCGGGCUGGCCGCUCACCGCGCUGAGACCCUGGCAGAGUCUCACCGAUGAGCGCUGGAGGAGGUGCGGAGGUGCAGAGGCAACGGGGCCGCCAGGAGAGCCUCCUGGGGGCAUAGGUUGUUUCAGACUCUGAGUGACCUUCCCAGCAGGACUGACAAGAUGCGGCAGGCGCUGGGAAGCUGGUGCACCACCACCUCGUCCCUGGAAACGGUGAACACGCCAGGCAACUGCAGCGUGCCCACGGGAAACAGGACCGCGCUCUGCUUCAUGCCGUUCGAGGAGAGCCGGGUGUCCCUGGUGGUGGUCUACAGCGCCGUGUGCGUGCUGGGGCUGCCGGCCAACUGCCUGACGGCCGGGCUGACGCUGCUGCAGGCGCUGCAGGGCAGCGUGUUGGCCGUCUACCUGUUCUGCCUGGCGCUCUGUGAGCUGCUCUACGCCAGCACCCUGCCGCUCUGGGUCAUCUACGUCCAGAACGGGCACUGCUGGGACCUGGGGGAGUGGGCCUGCAAGGUGACUGCCUACAUCUUCUUCUGCAACCUGUAUGUCAGCAUCCUCUUCCUGUGCUGCAUCUCCUGUGACCGCUAUGUGGCUGUGGCCUAUGCGCUGGAGAGCCGCGGCCACCGCCGCCAGAGGACCGCCGUGCUGGUGUCCGCCUUCAUCUUCCUCCUCGUGGGGCUGGCUCACUACCCGGUGUUCACCAUGCAGCUCCCGGAGCGCACCUGCUUCGAGGUCUUGCCUAUGGACGGCACGGUCGCCAACUACUUCUACUCGCGGUUCGCCAUGGGGUUCGCCCUGCCACUGGCCAUCAUCAUCUUCACCAACCACGGCAUCUUCAGGGGCAUCAAGCAGAGCGCGGGCCUGGGAGCCGCCCAGAAGGCCCGGGUGAGGCGCACGGUCCUUGCGGUCGUGGUCAUCUUCCUGGCCUGCUUUGCGCCCUACCACCUGGUGCUGCUCGCCAAGGCUGCCGCCUUCUCCUACCACAGGGGCGAGGAGGGCCCCAUGUGCACCUUGGAAUGCCAGGUGUACACGGCCUCCAUCGUGUGCCUGUGCCUGGCCACGGUGAACAGUGUGGCCGACCCCAUCAUCUACGUGCUAGCCACAGACAACUCGCGGCAGGAGGUGUCCAGAAUCUGCAGCAGGUGGCAAAAGUGGUCCACCAAGACAGAGGUCACCAAGAGCACGUGGUCAAAGGACUCGGAGGAGGCGCAGUUGCCCACGCUGCUCAUAAACAGCUGCCAGUUCCCCAGGCCUGUCCAGCCCCCUGGGUCACAGCCGGGCACGUGGGCCCCACUGGGCACCCUGGAGCGGCUGAGCGAGGGGUCCUGCUGAGCCCCGUGUCCCACAGGGCAGGCCGGCCAGCCUGGAAGCCCAGGGCCAGCUGUGUGGCGCCCCCCCCCCCCCCCCUUGAGCCCAUCAGCCAGCAUUCCUGACCCUGGCUAUGCAGCUCCCUCUGCACGAUGCCACUGAUUUCUUUUUUAUUUUUUUAAAGAUUAUUUAUUUAUUUAUUUUUAGAGACAGGGGAAGGAGAGAG